AUGGAGCAUUCGUUUCUCCUUGGCCACCUCCUGGUGGUUAGAAAAUUUCACCUGGACUGGGCUACAGAUGCAAAUUUCAUUCAAUCAUUUGGCUCCUACAUGGCCGCGCACUGGAAGGAUUUCUUCCCCGCCGAGGACAGUUGUCCGCCCGUGGUGUACGUUGACGUAUGGCCUCUCUCGCGCCCCAUGGCGUAUUCCCUGAAAGCAUAUGUCUCCAAUCAGAUGGAGAUGGGCCAACUGUUGGCAAAGUCCCCGAUGCAAGGAAAGUUUCUGGAACCGAUUUCCAAGGGAAGAGAUUUGAAUUGCAUGCACGGGGACGAGUGGCGUGCCUGGCGCUCGACGUUCAAUCCUGGCUUCAGUAAAUCCAACAUCAGGAGCUGGAUACCCGCGUUGCUCCAAGAUGCGCAGUCAUUUGCCACGGUCAUUUCCAAACUAUGCGGUGAAGGGGGGAGUUGGGGCCCCGUGUUCCAGCUUGAGAAGAUAUCGGCCGACCUGGCGUUUGAUAGCGCCGGGCGAGUCAUCAUUAAUUCUUCUCUGAAAUCUCAGACGUCAUGCCCGUCUCUGUUUACAUUAGCAUAUCGAGAGCAGCUACAGCGCAUGGAAAUUACCCUGAGUCCCCUAAAAUUACUAUGGAGAGCUACACCGAUGUUUAAGAUGCAGAUAGCUCGAAGACGACGCGAGUUGUUUAACCAUCUUCGGCCAUUCAUCUGUGAAGCAAUUUCUGGCAACAGCCAUGGCAGUCCACAGACGAUCGUGCAGGCAGCCGUGGAUGCCUGCAAACAAGAGUCACAAGGCAGCGGCAAACCCCAAAUGCGCAGGGAUGAAGACUUUGUUGAGCAAAUAUUCUGUCAGCUCAUGAUUUUCUUUUUUGGCGGCGACGACGCUAUAUCGACAGUUAUUCCGUGGAUGUUCAAGCAUCUUGAAUCAAACCCCGACUGCGUUGCCAAGCUUCGCGCUGAACAUGACAAGGUGCUCGGGCCCGACCCGAGAGCAGCGGCGGACAAAAUCCGUCUCUCGCCGCAUAUAUUAGACUCGCUACAGUAUACCAUGGGCGUUAUCAAGGAGACUUUGCGGAUGAACCCGGCAACUAUUACCAUCAGGCAGGGGCGACGUGGCUUUGAUUUCAACAUCAAGGGUUCAGAAGUGCCGUGGCCAACAGACGGUUUUGACUUGUUUGACAGCUCCAUCACUAUCCAUCGGGACCCGGAGAAUUUCCCCAGGCCCCUUGAAUUUAUUCCCGACCGGUUCGUCGUGGCUGAAGGGCACCCGCUUCACCCGCCAAAGAACGUAUGGCGGGGCUUUCAACUAGGGCCCCGCCAAUGCAUAGGUCAAGAGAUGGCAAUUGUGGUACUCAAGUUGGCCUUGGUGGCUGUCGUUCGGGACUUUGAUAUCGAGAUGGCUUGGGACGAUUGGGACAAGGCACAGCAGCGAAUAGGUGUCAAGGUCUCGAAAUCCACGGUGGAAGGGGACCGAAUGUACACGACAGGCAAAGCCACGGCCCAUCCGAAGAACGGUGGCCCGGCACAUGCCAGAAUGAGGCGGGCCAAGGCGGAUGGGACGGUGUGA